AUGUAUGCACUAUCAGCCAAGGAGGUUGAAGUCAGCCCUAAUGUGGUAGCAGGUAUCCUAUCUAUCUUGGGUAUACCAACUUACGUAUUAUUUGAUUCUGGAGCAUCGCAUUCAUUUGUAUCUAAAAGAUUUGCUAAGAAGAUUGAUAUGUCACCCAAGGCUCUAGAGAGCAAGUUGAUUUUUAGUACACCUAUAGGCAAAGUAGCACAGUUAAAUGAAGUGUAUGGACCACAUUCAGUUGAAAUUGGUGGCAAAAAGCUGGAUGCCCAGCUUAUCAAAUUCAACAUGCAGAAUUUUUAUGUCAUACUGAGCAUGGACUGGUUGUCAACUCACUGGGUGAAUGUGAUGUGCGCUGAGAAACAAAUUCAGGUGGGCUACCCAGUUUCAUUACAAGAUGUGGAAGCGAAGGUCACACCAUUAGAGGAAUUAAAUAUAGUUAACGAGUUUCCCAAUGUCUUUUCUGAUGAUCUAACCCAGCUACCUCCAGACAGAGAAUUAGAGCUUACAAUUGAUCUGGUUCCUGGAAUAGCCCCUGUGUCUAAAGCUCCAUACAAAAUGGCACCACCUGAGCUAAAGGAGUUGCCGACAUAG